CAUUUUUCUCGUACACAAUUAAGGUCAUGGUGUCUCGAACCAUUGAGAAAACACGAGUUGUGGCGCUUGAGCUAUAUCCGGUUUCAUCCACAGGAAGUGCAUAAAAUAGAAACUGGUAAAUAUUUUUCAGACAUUUUUGUGAAUAUUUCAACACAACAAAGAGGAUUUAAUCUUUCCAGAUGAGCUCGUCAUCCAAAAGAAGGAAUUCGGAGAAGAGAAAGGAGAAAUCUCGGGAUGCAGCACGCUGUCGCCGCGGGCGGGAGACAGAGAUUUUCUCGGAGCUGGCGGACCAGAUCCCGCAGUAUAGCGGGGGUCACAGUUCACUGGAUAAGGCCUCUAUAAUGAGACUCGCCAUCAGCUACCUGAAAGUCAGUAAAAUAAUGGAGACACAGCGGAACAACAGACAUGCCCCAUGUGAGGAGUUUGAUUCUCUGUACAGUAAAGCUCUGGAUGGAUUUGUGGCCAUCUUGUCUAACGAAGGCGACCUUGUCUACAUCUCCGAGGGAGUCUCCAAAUACCUGGGCAUUCAACAGGUGGACCUAGUGGGGCAGUCCAUCUACGAAUUUGUCCACCCCUGCGACCAUGAAGACAUUACGGACAUUUUCCACAACAACGGCCGAGACAAGAAAAAAUCCAAAGAUGCCCACCACACUUUCUUUGUCAGGAUGAAAUGUACCCUGACCAACAAAGGCAAAAAUGUCAACCUUAAGUCGGCCACUUACAAGGUAAUGAAGUUUUCAGGGAAGCUGAUUGAGGACAAGGUCAAGAACGAGUCAGGGGGAGAGGGGAACCCACCCUACCUGCUGGUGAUUGGGGAACCCAUACCCCACCCCUCAAACAUUGAGAUCCCCCUGGAUAGAAUGACGUUCCUCAGCAGGCACAGCAUGGACAUGAAAUUUACGUACUGUGAUGACAGAGUGAAGGAUCUGCUGGGAUAUAACUGUUCAGACCUGAUUAACAAGUCUUUGUUCGACUAUCAUCACGCCAUGGACAGCGAAUUAAUAGACCAGGCCUAUAAAUACUUGGUUGCCAAGGGACAAGUGAUGACCAGUCAGUAUCGAUUCCUUGCCAAAACCGGAGGUCAUGUCUGGGUCAUCACUCAGGGGACGGUCAUCUACAACAGCCGCACCCAGAAACCCCAGUGUGUGGUCUGUGUCCACUACGUUCUCAGCGGAAUUGAGAACCCGAGUUUGAUUUUGUCCACGUCCCAGCAGACCUACAGCCAACAAUUACCCAUGAUCCCUCUGGAAAUCAAACUCAGCACCGAGGACGUCUUCAAACCGCGGCCAGAAAACGUUAAAGUAGACGAGUUCUACUUCCCACCGGGCAGCAAGAUGUCCUCGAUGAAAGUUGACAAGAACGUAGAUCUGACCCACCUGGCCCCGACCUCGGGAGACACCUGUGUGCCCCUCAUUGAUGAGAGCUGUGUUCCGUUCUCCUCUAACCUACCCCUGCCUGUCCUUAAGGAGGAGCCGGAUGUCUUCAGUAAAAGAGUCUGUUCUCAGCAGGCUUAUUCCCCCUUAUCAAGUCCAGCGUCUGUGAGCCCUGCCCCGGUCAGCCCGAUGGACUACACUAACCCCCUGACCCCUAGUGUCGUGGACGCCAUGGACAAGUUCUUCUCCGCCGUCGACACCUACCCCAGGAAAGACCAGGCCGCUGCCGAUCUUGACAUGGAUAUGAGGGCCCCUUACAUCCCCAUGAAUAAGAAGGAGGAUUUCAGUUUACUGCCACCCACCAGUGAUGCGUUGUUUACCAUCAACAAUGACUUCAAUCCAGGCUUGUUUGGACGUACAGAGUCCGUAUUUGUACCUAAGGACAAGCUGUACCAGGACCCACCUAAGGAGGCGCGUAUGAGUAUCCGUGACAUGUUGGUGGGGAGCACCGCGGUGGCCAGCAUCGAGCAGCCCCCCGACACGUUCAACCUCCAGAUGAAGCGCCCCCUAGACAUGAACAGCCUGGAGAAAGGCCCGCCCACAAAAAAACGCUUCAUACAGGAGUAUCAGGAGCCUCCAAAGAAGCACAGCGUCCUGAUGAGUCUCCUGGUGAACGGUGAGGACCCUCCCACGGGGUACUCCGUCGUCCGCAAAACUCCGCAGCAGCUGCCGCAGACGCAGCCCAAAGCUUAUUUUCCGGCAUUGCAACUCAAGGGGAACAACUCUGGUGGUAAGAGGAUGCCCCUGAAUCCGGUUUUGGAGGAGGAAGUGAUAGAGACUCCGGACGUGCUGCUCCAGAAUCCGGAUUUACUGGCCGCCCUCGAGCUGUUUCUGCCGAAUUCCGAGCUUAUGUGACAUCACUUUAUUUUGUUUCCAUGGUAACUGAUUUUGUGGAGCCAGCAAGAGGAAAGAACAGUGACUUAGCAUUGCUAUGGAACAUUUAUUGUUGCUAUGUAACACUUACUUUUUUUUGUAUUGUCAACUUGUGUUGUUUUUAACAUUUAAAAGAAAUGCUUUACAAUUUAUUUGUUAUGUAUAACAUUUAGUAUCCCGUGUUGUUAGGGUCAUUUGAUUUUUGUUGUUAUUGUUUAUAGUAUAGAUUUCAGUUUUGUUUUUUUUUUAAUUAAGUUCAUAACAUUUUUUGGCAACAUUUGUUACAGAUUUAGGAAUUUUUGAUUUUGAAAACAAAAAAAAAGACAUUUGCUUGUUUAGCAUAUGAAUCAUGUUAAAGGUGUAAAAAAAAAAUAAACUGCUUGUAGAUUUGGAGCUUUUUAAAUGGCAAGAUAUGAUUUUUCAACUUGCAAAAUGUCAAUAAUUUUUUUAUUCUUUGUUACUGCUGCAAGGUUCAUCAAUUUGUCCUGCUCAUUUUUUUUAUUCGCUACAACUUUUAGCACUACACAACUAAUCAAAAACUCAAUCUUAUAUAUAAGGAGAUAUUUUAAUAUAUAUUUUUCUUGAAAGGAAAAAAAUAUUUAAAAAAUUAUUUUGAAAAAAAAAAAGAAAAAAAAUUAAAGAGGAAAAAAAAGAAAAAAACUUAAAAAAAAAAAUACAAAAAAAAAUGUAGGAUAGGAUAAUAUGAUAAAUGUGAAAUGCGGUGUUGUGCUAAGUGCAUGUAUACAUAUAUUUUAUUAUAGUGAGUUUGUUAACGAUGUAGUGCUAUACAUACACGAUUUUCUCUGUUCUACAAAUGCUGCCAUAUGAAGAAUUUUACAUUAGAGAUUAUUAGAAUUUCUGCAUCGUCUCGCUCGCUCAUUAUUUCACCUCAGCGACAUGGAAUUGGCUUUCCAGAAUCAUUUUAUUUAAAUCCCUAACUCUGAUGUUAAUUCUGAUUCUUGCUGUUUAUUUGCAAGACAAUUUUUUGCCUAACUAUCUGUCUCCCAAUUUGGCCCAGAAGCUUGAAGUAAAAUUUUCACCAAUGACAAAGAUCAAUGGUUAUAAAUUGAAAGUUGUUUUCAUGUUCUCAGUAUACAUUAUCCACAAAUUAUUUUCGAUAUUUUCAUAACUGACAAAUAAUUGACAAAUAUUUAUUUUCACUUUAAUGGAAAUAGCCAGGUUGUAUUUUCGUUUGAAGACCUUCUAGGUCUCUGUGGAUAAUUUGUUAAGAUCUGAGUGAAUUUUCUGGGCUCUGUCUAUUAUGGUAUAGGGCACUCAUGUUCCAUUUUUUCAAAAAAAAAUGAAAUUUUCUUUUUUUAUUAGGCAACUCAUGAUGGGUUGGUAGGGCAGUAUCAUAGUACAGAGCUGUAUUGAUACAUGGCUUCAAAAUGGUUCUGUUUAAUUUGAUUGCAGGUAAAAAAAUGUAUAUGAUACAGUGUGGCCAUAAAAUUUUCCAAUAUUGGUUUUUAAUAUGUUUUAAUUUCAUGUUAAGACUUCUGAUCUCGGGCAGGACCCGAAGCAUGGUAGUCUCAGUUAAAUUUAAAUUUUUUUUUCCUCAUGAAAAAAUGUUUAACCAAGAAGAGUCAAGGAAAGCCUUGUUUCUUUUAAACACUAAACUAGAGUGUAAAUGAUUUCUUUUUACUUGGAAAAUACAGGAUACUAAAUAUUGGUACUUAUCUCCCUUUAAGAGAUAUUGUUAGUUUAUUACAUGUAUCUCCCUUUGAUAGUAAUUGUUGGUUUAUUAUCUACCUUCUGUCAUCUAGUAUAACAUACAUUGUACCCACAACUCUUGUUGUGUGCGAGCCAUAUUCAUCUUUUCCUUGUUUUGGGAAGAAAAAAAAUUUUGUUUUCAUGUGUAUCGUACCUAUUCAAUUCAUUGUAAAUGAACAUAUUGUAGUACAAUAAAAUAAAAAUAACAAAA